AUGACCUGGAAGCUCAGACAACAGCUACAGCUGGUGGAGGACGAGGCAGAGCUCCUGAGGAGAAACCUGGCUGAUGCUGAGGAACAGAACAAGAGGGUGACAGCUGAGCUGAACAAGUUACGCUUUAAAGCUGGCACUCAUGAAGGAGGUGCCAGGCAUGGAGGAGGAGGUGGAGUUACAGGAGGAGCAGGCAUUGAUGGAGCAAAGGCAGAAGCCCUCCAGGAGGAGCUGAAAGCUGCAAGACUGCAGAUUAAUGAUCUAAGUGGCAAGGUUAUGCAGCUGCAGUAUGAGAACCGAGUGCUCCUCUCCAACAUGCAACGCUACGAUCUGGCUUCUCAUCUCUCCCUGCGGCCGAGCCCACGGGACAGCGAUGCAGAGAGCGAUGCCGGUGGCACGACGAGUGGUCGCCGCGAGAGCGACGAGGACUCCACCUCAUCCCGCCUGCUCCCUCCUCACCGCAAACGCGAGGGUCCUGUUGGUGGGGAAAGUGACUCAGAUGAGGUGAGAAACAAUAACGGCAGCAGUCGCUGCUUGACGCCCACCCGGGGCCUCUACACCCCUACUGGGCCAGAGGGCGCCGCCUCCUCCGCCUUAUCCCGCUUCCUGCCAGGUGGCCGGUGCACCCUGCGAGAGCGGCAACAGAUGAUAGACAUCCGCGUGGAAGCAGAGAGGCUCGUUCACACCAUUGAUAGGCUCAUCGCCGAUACUGCGACCAUCAUCUCGGAGGCGAGGGUCUACGUUUCAAAUGGCGACUUAAUGUUCGGGAGGUCCGGCGAGGAGGGUGGGGAAGAUGAUGGGAGCAGAAUCAGGGAACAUGAGCUGCUAUAUCGCAUUAACGCCCAGAUGAAAGCCUUUCGUAAGGAACUGCAGGCCUUCAUAGACAGACUGGAAGUGCCGAAGCUAGAGGACAGGGAGUCAGAGGAGCCGCUGUCGGUGAGAAUAGAACUGAAAUAUCUCAUGUGAGCACGUAAAAUAUCCUCCAGAGUUAACUGUAUUUCUUCCUUUUUCUCUCUUUAUCCAUACUCCCGUGUUUCUCAUCUGUCGGUUUGC